UUCUACAGCGCUGAGAACUGUCAACCAGCUAAGCUAAGUAGCCCAGCUGCACAGACAGCAUCAUGGCGGAGCAAGGCGAUCCUCCGGCUCUUAGCCACCAUCCGCAACCAGUGCCGACAACGAGCUGGCCAAUUAUCAAGGAGUCUUACCAGCUGCAGGAGGUUAUAGGAAGUGGGGCCACAGCCGUAGUGCAGGCCGCGCUUUGCAUCCCACGGCAGGAGCGCGUCGCCAUCAAGAGGAUCAACCUCGAGAAGUGCCAGACCAGCAUGGACGAGUUGUUGAAAGAAAUUCAAGCAAUGAGCCAGUGUAAUCAUCCAAAUAUCGUGUCCUACUACACUUCGUUUGUUGUAAAGGAUGAGCUUUGGUUAGUCAUGAAGCUUCUCAGUGGAGGGUCAGUGCUGGACAUCAUAAAGCACACAGUCAACCAAGGAGAGCACAACAACGGAGUCCUGGACGAACCCACAAUAGCCACCAUUUUAAAAGAAGUUUUAGAGGGCCUCGACUAUCUGCACAGAAAUGGACAGAUUCACAGGGACGUGAAAGCGGGGAACAUUCUGUUGGGGGAAGACGGUUCGGUGCAGAUCGCAGAUUUUGGAGUCAGCGCAUUCCUGAACACGGGAGGAGAUGUAACUAGGCACAAAGUUCGCAAGACAUUUGUAGGUACCCCAUGUUGGAUGGCGCCAGAGGUGAUGGAACAGGUACGAGGUUAUGACUUCAAAGCUGACAUUUGGAGUUUUGGAAUCACUGCCAUUGAAUUGGCCACGGGCUCUGCGCCUUACCACCGAUAUCCACCCAUGAAAGUCUUAAUGUUAACACUGCAGAAUGACCCUCCGGCCUUAGAGACGGGUGUGGAGGAUAAGGAGAUGGUGAAGAAGUAUGGAAAGUCCUUUAGGAAACUUAUAACCUUGUGCCUUCAGAAGGAUCCUGCCAAAAGGCCUACUGCAGCAGAGCUUUUGAAAUGUAAAUUUUUCCAGAAGGCCAAGACCCACGAGUAUUUGACUGAGAAGUUGCUGUGUCGAGGUCCCAAAAUAACCCAAAGAGCCAGAAAGGGGCCUGAACAGAUAUCUUGGAACAGGGGUUCUGAGAGAGAACAUGAUGUCCCAAUGGUGCGCCGGGUGCCCGGCUCCAGCGGACACCUGCACAAGACGGAGGACGGCGACUGGGAGUGGAGUGACGACGAGCUGGACGAGCAGAGUGAAGAGGCCAAAGCCAACAUCAAGCAGGGCAGGUCUCCAAGGGUCAAAGAGGAGAACUCAAACAGCGAGCCCAACGCCAACAGUGUACCCUUGGAGGGGCUGUCCAUUCAGCAUCCCCAGGUGCACCCAUUGGAGCAUCCGCCUGACAUGCAAGGUGUUGUGAACAUGGUCCUGCGGCUAAGGAACUCCAGGAAGGAGCUGAAUGACAUACGGUUCGAGUUCACUCCCGGGCGAGACACAGCGGACGGCGUAUCCCAGGAGCUUUUCUCUGCCGGUCUGGUCAACGGUCAUGAUGUUGUUGUUGUCGCUGCUAACCUUCAGAAGAUUGUAGACGACCCGAUUACCUACAAAGUGUUGACCUUUAAACUGGCUUCGGGCUGUGAUAGCAGUGAGAUCCCAGACGAGGUGAAACUGAUCGGCUUCGCUCAACUGAGCGUCACCUGAUGGCGUGGCCCCCGUGUGGGCCUUACGGGUGGGGAUGGAGGAAGAGGAGGAGGAGGAUGACGAAGACAUAGUCACAAGCACUGACUGAGCACACCGAGGGGGAAGUGCUAGCCCUCCCCUCCAUCUUCUCCCUCACAAACUGACACACACACAGACAGAAACACACAUACACACAUAAACAUUUGCUUACACAUUCACGCGUACAUGCUUGCGUCCAUUUCCGUGCACCAACUCUACCUUUCCCUCGAAUAUUCAAAUCUCUUACACACACACACACGCUUAAACACACGCAAACACGCACAAACUACAUAUAUACAUACACACAUCCAUACAUACACUCACUGUCAGCUUUGCUUCUCUCUUCACUGCUCUAGCAAACAGCCCUCCACUAUAGCCCACUCCUGCCCUCCUUGCUUUCCCCCGGCCUUCUUCUUUCAACAUUCCACCGCCUUCUCCCAAAAUGGACCAGGAGUCAGCCCAGCUAACUAAAAGAUAUACUCAGGUGGCACUAGCUAGUGAUGAAAUACAAAUUAUAUAUAUAUAUAUAUAUAAUGAGUUUUAUUUUUUAUUGUAUUACCUCUGCUUUCAGCAAAAGCUCUUAAUGUUAUUUAUUUUAUUUUUUUUAAAAAGAUUUGCCUUUUGUUUUCGUAACUCUCGUGUCCAUCGUCAGUUAUGUAGAUAGUUCGACGUGUGUGCUAAGAUGUGAGCUUUGGGAAACCGAGUCUGUCCACACGAGUGUUCCUUAUUCUGAAUGUACAAAUUCUUUUAUUUAUGACAAAAGCACAUUUUCAUGAUUCCAUUUUGAAUGUUGUCUGAAAUGAGCGAAUCAUAUUGUACAUUGUAAGAAACAGAAGCAGAAGAAAAAAGAAAAAUGAAGAAAUUAAUAACAAAGAUGUAAUCCAAUGAAAAUUAAUGGAGUGAUUUCCAGUGUGAUAAAGUGUGAAAAGAGAAAGAAAAAAUAACGGUGACGCCUGAAUGCUGCCAUGUCAAAUAACUGCUUAAUCCACAGAAUAGUGUUGAUGCUUAAACUGCUAGAGGUGCCUUGUUCAUUAAAACUGUGCCUAAGAACGUAGGUCACAAAGGGGUAGUUGCCCCCGCAGCAAGAUCUGCUGAUGUGUUUCUUGGGACAUGUUGACAGAAGUGCUUUCCAACUACGGUACAGACAUUCGUGAAUAGUAUUUUCACCAGUCAGUGGCAACAUAUAGAAUUAUAAGAAUGAAAAGAAUAAAAAACGAAUGGUAUAUUUAAAAAGCUACAAUGCACUUUUUUGGGCAGUGUAUAUGCAUCUGCAAAUCAAAUAGCUUGGCCCUGGGAGAUUCAGCCCAUCAGUCCUACCAAUAAAAGCUUCAUCCAAGGCCACCUCCAACCAUUUCCCAAAACUUCAGUCCGUCCGGUGUAUUUCACAUCCAAAGCCAACAGAUACCAGUAAAUACUGACGCCAUGCUCCGUCUUACUGCACUACAAAAAUAGAAUGUCUUGAAAAAUGCAUUUUUUUGUUCUCUGAAAUGUACUGUAUAAUAAUGUAUCCAUGUACGGAAAAACCAAAAGGCAACUAUUGAACGUACAACGAGCCAUUUAUCUGUCCAAGCAGGUACUCGUAGCUCCAAAUUAUAUUUUCAACUCAAAUGGGGAAAAUACUAUUAACUUGUACUAAAUACUUUAUUAUAAGACAUUAUGGUGUUUUCUACAUACAGUGUAUCGUGUCCUCAUGCUAUCCUUGUCCCUCUCUGUAUUUGGCAAUUAAAAAA